AUGGUGGAGCAGAAAAGGCAACAGUUUCUUCAGAGCUCGGAAGCUGGAGCCAAGUCUUCAGGAGUGACCCAUGAUCCCCCUAGACUCUUCUUUGUAACCCAAAGUCUGGUUGAAAGCCCAGAAAAGGGAUAUUCACGUCUUGCUGAAAAUCAGGAAGAAAAAAAAGGCAGCAUCUUAAGAGUGUGGUUCACUUCGACUGGAGCAGUAACUGUUGAUCAGCCAUCUCCAGGGGACUGUGGGUCUGAAGCAGUGGCAGGAAAAAUCUGGCCCUUGGACCUGGGCGAGGUGGAAGCUCUGGAGGAGGUGGACACGCUGGAGCCGGAGGUGGAUUUGGAGCAGUUCCUGGUCCCGGGUAUCAACCAGAUGCUGGAGGACAUCACGGAGCUCACCCGAAAAGCCGGGAGCAUGUGUCUGAGGACCAGGGGCAAACUGUGGGAGAUGGACCUUCUGCUCAUCCGGAUAAAAACACAGGUGGAGGCUUCGGAGGACGGCGCCUUGAAUGGACGUCCCGGUGGGGAGGCUGACAACAGAGUAUCAGAAUUGUGCGAGAAGGCCAAGGAGAUUGAAAAGGUGGCAGAGAUGUUGGUUGAGCUGGUCUGGCGGAUGGAGAAAAGUGAAGCGUCCUGA